AGCAGCGCUUUCAGUCGAACUCUCCAGAUUGAAGAAGCCCUAUAGCCAUAGCUGCAGCCACAGGAGACCUUCUGCUGCUGCCUCUCCGUCGUCUCACUCGUACAACAAACACCAUCUCUAACUCUAUAUCGAGCAUAUAUUUAAGAAAAGAUGGGGAUCAUUGAAAAGAUUAAGGAAAUUGAAGCCGAGAUGGCACGGACUCAGAAAAAUAAAGCCACAGAAUAUCAUUUGGGCCAGCUCAAGGCUAAGAUAGCGAAGCUGAGGACACAAUUGUUGGAGCCCCCAAAAGGUUCUAGUGGAGCUGGCGAAGGUUUUGAAGUUACAAAGUUUGGCCAUGGACGUGUUGCAUUGAUAGGUUUUCCCAGUGUAGGAAAAUCAACACUUUUGACAAUGUUGACGGGAACACAUUCGGAAGCUGCGUCAUAUGAGUUUACCACUCUCACCUGCAUCCCCGGUAUUAUUCACUACAAUGAUACUAAAAUACAGUUGCUCGAUCUUCCUGGAAUCAUAGAAGGUGCAUCUGAAGGAAAAGGGCGUGGUAGGCAGGUCAUUGCUGUCUCCAAAUCAUCAGAUAUCGUGUUGAUGGUUUUGGAUGCGUCGAAAAGUGAAGGUCAUCGACAAAUCUUAACGAAGGAGUUGGAAGCUGUUGGCUUACGACUAAACAAAACACCACCCCAAAUAUAUUUCAAAAGGAAAAAAACGGGGGGAAUUUCUUUCAAUAGCACUUUAGCGUUGACUCAUGUGGAUGAGAAGCUAUGUUAUCAAAUAUUACAUGAGUACAAGAUUCACAAUGCAGAGGUUUUGUUUCGUGAAGAUGCAACGGUGGAUGACCUUAUAGAUGUUAUUGAGGGGAAUCGCAAGUACAUGAAGUGUGUAUACGUAUAUAACAAGAUUGAUGUUGUUGGUAUUGAUGAUGUCGACAGAUUAGCACGGCAGCCUAAUUCUAUCGUUAUCAGCUGCAACAUAAGCUUGAAUCUGGACAGACUGCUUGCGAAAAUGUGGGAAGAGAUGGGUCUUGUCAGAAUAUAUACAAAGCCUCAAGGCCAGCAACCCGAUUUCUCGGACCCAGUGGUCCUUUCUGCUGGUAGAGGUGGAUGCACAGUCGAAGAUUUCUGUAACCACAUUCAUCGGAACCUGGUUAAGGAUGUGAAGUAUGUUUUGGUAUGGGGCAUAAGUGCAAGGCACUGUCCACAACAUUGCGGUCUUAGUCAUGUUCUUGAGGAUGAGGAUGUUGUACAAAUAGUCAAGAAAAAGGAGAGAGAAGAUGGAGGAGGCAAAGGUCGGUUCAAAUCGCACUCGAAUGCUCCUGCUCGAAUUUCUGACAGAGAAAAGAAGGCUCCUUUGAAGACGUAAACCGAAUUUGCUCAAUAUAACGGUGGAUGAAUUGAAGAGUUUACAUAGCCGAAUUUUCAGACAGGUUGAGAAAACCAAUUCAUAUGUUUCAUCAUAUGUAAUUUUGAUGAGUGUUCGUUCAUCUAUUUUGAAGAUUGGUUAUGUUACGAAAGCAUUUGUCGGGAUAGUAAUUCGCCCGGUCUAUUGUGAUUUAAUUAUGGUGAUUUUGAUACCGGUGAAAUCGAAAAGGACUAAAGUGACAGCAUCUUUUUGUGCUUUUAUCAACUUAAAUUCACAACCAAAAACUUGAACUUUUUACUUGUAGUUGGUGAUUUUUAUUCCUUGUAAUUUCUUC